AUGGGAUCCAACGCCAACGAGCCCAUGUCGGCGUGCGCGCGUCUGCGGCAGAUGCUCGCGCAGCCGGACCACAUUGUGACGGCGGUGGGUGUCUACGACGGCAUCUCGGCGCGGCUGGCGCUGAACGAGGGCUUCCGGUGCCUGUACAUGACGGGCGCGGGCACGGCGGCGUCGGUGCUCGGCAUGCCGGACCUCGGCAUCACCAACAUGACGGACAUGGCGACCAACGCCGGCAUGAUUGCGGGCCUCGACCCGACGGUGCCCGUCAUUGCCGACGCCGACACGGGCUUUGGCGAGUCGCUGGCGGUGGCGCGCACGGUGCGCGCGUACAUGGCGGCGGGCGUGGCCGCGAUGCACCUCGAGGACCAGCCGCUCAACAAGCGCUGCGGCCACCUGGGCAGCAAGGAGCUCGUGGACGAGGACGUGUACCUGCGGCGGCUGCGCGCGGCUGCGGCCACGCGCGACGCCCUGCGCGCCCAGACGGGCCAGGACAUGAUCAUCAUAGCGCGCACGGACAGCCUGCAGGCGCUGGGCUACGAGGCGGCGGUGGCGCGGCUGCGGCGGGCGGGUGAGGCCGGCGCCGAGGUGGCGUUCCUCGAGGGCAUCGUGACGAAGGAGCAGCUCGCGCGCGUCUGCGGCGACCUCCGCGACACGGGCAUGCCGGUGCUGCUCAACAUGGUGUCCGGCGGCGUGACGCCCGAGGUCAGCGUGGACGAGGCGCGCCAGCUGGGCUUCCGCAUCAUCAUCUACCCGUCGGCGGUGUUGAGCGUCGUGAUGGAGGCGGCGCAGGCGCAGCUCAAGUACCUCAAGGAGACGGGGCGGCAGCGGAUCCCCGAGUCGCGCAAGCACCAGGGCCCCAAGGUGCUGUUCCAGGCCAUGGGCAUGGACGAGCGGGUGGAGUUUGACCGCAAGGUGGGCGGGCAGUCGUACUCGACGGCCAUUUAG